AUGCAAAUGCUGCCUAGGCUACUUGGGGCUAUGAUCCAGUGCUUUGACUGGAAGGUUAUUGACCCAGAUCAAAAGAAGAUGAACGGUGGUGAUGUUGUUGAAGUGGAUGAACGGCCUGGAAUGACAACUCCACGGGCUCAUGAUUUGGUUUGUGUUGUAGUGGCCCUCUUGCAUUUCAUUAUUGAUUAUACAGAAAAUUACAACUAA